AUGAGCCACAAUAACGAUGUACUGGAAUCCAUACUGAAUCUUCGCAUAGAUUCGCCUUCGUCGCCAAGUUUGCCAGCUUCUAACCAGCUUAGUUCUGACAUCCAGGCAAGAAUAUUGGCGUUCCAGCAAAAGAGGAGAACUGGCCAACCACCAUCAAAUCCGCCACCUCUGCAACAGCUCCCACCACUCCCACAACAUAAUAAUCAACAGCAGCAUCAACUACAGCGACAACUGCUGCAAGAAAAGCAUCAAUCACUUCCCUUCCAUAGACAAUCACCUACCAUUAUACCUCAAAAUAUCCAGAGGAAUCAAGGAGAUAACAGGGAAUCGCAACCUAUAGAAUCAACAAAGAAUUUACCUCCCUUACCCCUGCUGCUUCUCAUGCCUUCUGCAUUUAUGGAAGAAGGAGGAGCAAGAAGUUUAAGUACCAACAACGUCCACAGCGCCAACCCUAAUGCAAUUCCUUGUCUCAAGGACGAAAUACUGAAAGAAGACAGUUCAUCAACUGAGAUACCUACGAAGUCCAAGUCACAAUCCCAAUUACCAUUGACGUCUGGUGCUAACUACAGCUCAUCCACUGCACCACCAAUACAGCCAAACUCCAUUACAAGUCCAGUAUCUAAUGCUAUCAAUAGGUCUCCGCCAAGGCAACCUGGAAACCCACCAUUGAGCUUGAACUUAGGCGGAGGUGCUGAGGGGUUAAAGAAAAAACCAUCUCUAUCACAGAGAAGAGGAAUGAAGCUAGACAUGGGUGACCUUCAAAAAGACUUAGCAUUACAAACUGGAGAAGCAGAAGAGCCACCGACCAACCCCCCAUUGAAUACGACUGGCGAACUUUCGAGAAGAAUUUCUGAAAGAAAGAAUAAACCUAAUUUCAAAUUGAACUUGAAUGAAGGUAUUUCCAAUGGUGGAGGUGGGGGAGCCAAUCCAGCUGGUACUGGUAACACUGAACUGACUUCAUCUACCUCUGAUGGUAGCCCGGUAGCUGGUAAGAAAUCGCAAUUAAGAGGACUCUUUGCUAACUACUCUAAGUAUGUGGAUAUAAAGUCUGGAUCGCUUAAUUUUUCAGGAAAGGCUUCACUUCAUUCAAAAGGUGUGGAUUUCCUGUCCGGGUCGUCUUUCCGUAUCUCGCUAGAUGAAUUAGAAUUUAUAGAGGAAUUAGGUAGAGGUAACUAUGGUACUGUGCUGAAAGUUUUGCAUAAACCCACGGGAGUGCUAAUGGCCAUGAAAGAGGUUAGGCUCGAGCUUGAUGAAACAAAAUUCACACAAAUUUUGAUGGAAUUGGACAUUUUACAUAAGUGUAAUUCUCCAUUUAUUGUUGACUUUUAUGGUGCCUUUUUCGUCGAAGGUGCAGUUUACAUGUGUAUGGAGUACAUGGAUGGUGGGUCAUUGGAUAAAAUAUGCGUCGGAGAGGGAGUCAAGCUGGAAGCGGCACUUGCAUAUAUACUGGAGCUGGUUAUUAGAGGCUUGAAAGAAUUGAAAGACGUACAUAACAUUAUCCAUAGAGAUGUCAAACCCACAAAUAUAUUGGUCAACACCUUAGGAAAGGUUAAGUUGUGUGAUUUUGGGGUCAGUGGAAAUUUGGUAGCUUCAUUAGCUAAAACCAAUAUCGGAUGUCAAAGUUACAUGGCACCUGAGAGAAUUAAGACCCAAAAUCCGGACGAUGCUUCAUAUUCAGUGCAGUCGGAUAUCUGGUCAUUGGGAUUAACUAUCUUGGAAAUUGCAGCUGGUCAUUAUCCGUAUCCUCCUGAGACGUAUGGUAACAUAUUCCUGCAGUUGAAGGCAAUUGUAGACGGAGAACCACCCAAGUUGGACCCCAAAGUCUUCCUGAAGGACGCACAAUACUUUAUUAAACUAUGUCUCAACAAGAAUCCUGACUUAAGACCAAGUUAUUCAGUAUUAUUAAACAACCCCUGGUUGGUGAGGUACCGUGAAAUAGAUCCAAAGAUGGAUGAAAUUGUUACUGAAAAAGUGAAGAUCCUUGAAGAGGAAAAGUCAAAGAGACAACUGGUUAGCAGAUCGAACUCAGUUAAGAGAGCAGCAGAGGCUGCCGGUGUUGCUCCUGCUGCGGCUGCUGGUAUUGGCGAACUGUCACUUGGCGCUAAGGCACCACCUAACAGAGAAAAUGUCAGGUCUUUGUUGAAGAAUAAGGUUAGAGCCCCUGCAUUACAUAGAAGGCCGUUACCUGAGAGAGGUCCGCCAACACAAUUGAAAGAGUGA